AGGUUAUACAAAAAAAUGCUUAAAUGAUAUGCGACAUGCAAGAUUAAAUUAGUUUGUUCAAUACUGUUUCCUAGAAGAAAACGAAUAUGCCAUGCCUGGUAAUGGAAGCACAGGUCCGAGUAUAUCAUAUAUACAAAUGAUUAAUUGAUUGCGGUUCCUUGCUUCGAGGUAUGCGUCACAUUUGGCUGAACGAUUUUCAUAUCAUAGAAACUGAAGCAUUACCAAUACUAGACUAGUGCUGUAAAUACCUACUAAAGUAUUAAAUAAUUAAUUUCAUCUAAUUGUAUUUAAAGUGAAGUUUGUAUGGAUUGUUGAUUUUUUUUUAACCAAUCACAAUAUUGUAUAUUUUGUUAGUAAAUUUAAAUUUAAAUUAAAAUAAAAAAAAACAGUUACAACAACAACAACAUACAUAUUGAACGAGAACAUAUAAAUUAUUUUGUUUUAAACGUUUAAACGAAGGGUCUGCAGCAGCAAUAUGCGGCGGACCAAGCAGGGAUCGAGUGGCGGGGCCCUGUGGAUCGCCGCGUUGUGCGCGUGUUCAGCACUGUCCCUGCAGUGGACACCGGCCGAGGCCGCGAACGUCUUGGCGCUGCAGUCGAUCGCGGGCAAGAGCCACUGGAACGUGAUGCGGGCGCUGCUCCGGGCGCUGACCGACCGCGGCCACACCGUGAUCGCGUUCACGCCGUUUUUGGACGGCGACCGAGACGGUUACGCCGAGGUGGACGUUUCCGGGGACUUGGAGGUCAGGGUCGGGCUGAACGUGUCGCAGUUCAACGACGUACAGUGCACGCCGAUAAUAAUCAAGCACGUCGUGAACGCGACCCGGACCGGUUGCAGCGCCGUGUUCGAACACCCGCGGAUGCGAGAGAUAUUCGACGGCCGGUCGCGGCCGUUCGACGUGCUGGUGGUCGGGGCCCUCUGGUUGGAUUGCGUGUCGUACGCGGCCAACGUCCUCCGCGUCCCCGCCGUGUACGUCGUCCCGUCGCCGAUCGUCACGUACUCGGAGCGUUCGUUCUUCGGGCACGUCCCGAACCCCGCGGCCGUUUCCAACGUGCUGUUCUCGCGCGCAGUUCCCACGGCGUUCGCCGACCGUUUUGCCAACGCGUUGCAAACGGCGUACGGUUCGUGGACGCUGUGGCGAGAAGAACGGCGACACCGGCAAAUCCGACCGCUCGCUAGCGACGCCGUGGUGGAUCUGGUCAAACCGUCGGUGACUUUCACCAACACGCACUUUAUCACCGAACCGUCCAGGCCAUUGUCGCCGGACGUCGUACAGAUCGGUGGAAUACAUUUGGCCCAGCCGGGACCUUUGCCGAAGGAUAUUUUAGAAUUCAUUGAUGACGCUCCUCAUGGUGUAAUUUACUUUACAUUAGGUUCGGUGGUUUUAAUGUCAUCGUUACCAGAAGAUGUUCUGAGCGUGUUUCGUGAAUGUUUCUCUCAAAUUCCACAGAAGGUGUUGUGGAAAUACGAAGGCGAUAUGAAAGACAAACCGAAGAAUGUGAUGACUCGGAAAUGGUUUCCACAACGCGAUAUACUUUUGCAUCCCAAUAUGAAACUGUUUAUCAGUCAUGGAGGCAUAUCCGGAGUGUACGAAACUGUGGAUGCAGGUGUGCCUGUUCUUGGAUUUCCAAUUUUUUAUGACCAACCGAGAAAUAUUGACAAUCUUGUCAGCGCCGGAAUGGCGAUUUCUAUGGACCUAAAUUUUGUAACUAAAGACAAGUUGUUAGACGCAAUUUUACAAAUUGUCAAUGAUGAAAAAUAUCGACAAAACGCUAAGAUUGCUUCUGAACGGUUCAAAGACCGACCUAUGUCACCCGCGGAUUUAGUAGUUUACUGGACUGAGUACGUUUUACGUCAUAAUGGUGCGCCACAUUUAAAAUCACAUGCUCUAAAUCUGACGUGGUAUCAAUAUUUUUUGGUUGAUGUAAUAAUCACACUUUUAUUCUUUGCGUUUAUCAUUUUGUUCAUAAUUUAUUAUUUGCUAAAAAUGAUUUAUAAACACUAUUUGAAGUAUGUCCAUAAUGGCAAAGCUAAAUGUGAAUAAAUAAUUAAACGUCAUAAAAAUAAUA